CUCCCUGCCGGCCUCGCUACCGACAGUGGUUAGGGAAAUGAGUGGUGAGGAGGACAUUACGCCCGAGGCUCUCGAGAGAGAAGCCAGCUCUCUCAGAUUCAUCGGCCUCAAUGCCUUCAAGUACGAACCCACCCUGACUGCACAGUGGCAUGUGCAUGUUUGUGAGCUUCGUUCGCUGUGCGGUUGCAUGCUGCAGGGGCCUGAUGGACGACUCCUUCACCAGCAUCAACGGCACGAUCAGCAAGGGCUUUUCAGAGCUCAACAACGAACUCCGGGCCCCGCUGCCGCAGACAGACAUCAAGAAGAUCUCCAAGUAUGCCCAGCUCCGGCAGAUGGACGUGUUGGACCCCUUCAGCAGGGGCGAGGACGGCGAGGAAAGCGACGACUCUGAGAGGAACCUCAACAAUGCGGUCAAGGAGGCGAUGCAGCGGGCCCUCAUGCCGACCGAUGACGCAUCCAAGGUCUCCUUCAACACACAAGGGGAGGCCGCUGCUCCGGCCAUUCGUGUAAGCGAGGAGAGCCCCGAGCCGUCUGCUUCACAGCCCACCGAGGCCUCGCCGGACAGCGGCGAAGGCAAGAAGAAGGCACAACGACGGAGGGCGACAGUGAAGGCUCCAGUAGUCGAGACAAUGCCAUGCCUCGCGCCUGCUAAAACUGACGAUAAGAAGGAAGACAUCAGAAGGAGAAGGACCGUCGCGGACACCAGCAAGGUAUCGCCUUCUGUGACGCCGAUAGAGCCGUCCGACAGCGAGGCCCCACCACGAAAGACCGGCGGCGCGCCUGCAAGAGACACGCGGAAAAAGAAGGCCGAGUCGCCCCUCGCCAGAGCCAAAGCCAAGCAGCCUGCGGCCCCACCAUCCGCCCCACCAUCAAGAGCCGAAGAAGUACCAGACAUGCCAGAGGAGAGGCGAGAAUGGCAGGAUCUGCUGCUGAAGGUGGUUGACUCGGUGCAGAGAGCCGAUGAGGGCCCGGCGGGUGAGAGGGAGAGGGAGAGCCGGCUGUCUCGCAACGGGGGCGCUGCUCCUGCUGCUGCUGAUGGUGUUGAUGAGGGUGAGUGGGGUCGUGUCAUGAUGGCCAAGAUGAUGGAGGACCCUGCAGGGAUGGUCAGGGAGGUCAAGGCCACGGUGGCUAGAAUGGCACAGGACAACGAACGACUAAAGUGAGGAAUACACACACACACACACAGGGAGGGAGAGAGAGAAAGAGAGAAACGCAGAGACAUGGACCGCAUGUGCAUUUCGUCUUGGUGGUCAGAAGCGACAAUGCAGAAUUGUCUGUGGCCAACGAGGAGCUGACGUACAAGCUCACCAAAGCCGAGAAAGAGAGAAAGAAACUGCUGGUGAGUCGUCGUGUCCUGUGCUCACCAGUAUCGAUGCAGUCAGUAUGUAAGUGUGCGUCUGUGGCUGCAGUGGUGGAAGACGGAGGCUCAACGUCAUGGGGUGAAUAUCGAAUACCCGGAUAACUUAGAGGAGAUGUUGGCCAAGGGCAGCAUCUUCAUGAAUAUCGUCAAAAAGUCGUCUAAACAAUUCAACACGUAG